GCUCCAGCACCGAGCCAGUCCUCACGCGCCUCCAAACUUUACGCGCCGAUGGAAGUGCUCGAGCCCGGAUCUUAAAGUGUUUCAGCCGAGCCUCGCUACUCUCAACACACUCGUACCCGCUGGAAGGAGCCCCAGACGGCUUUGGACCGCUCUCAUCUGAACUCUUCGUCUGCUCAAAGCGUUUCGUGUGGUUUUGUGUGAUUUGCCCGACUCCAGCAGACAGAUGCAGCACGUUUAAAACAGACCAUGACCGGAGUCUUUGUGAAGUGCCUGGUCCUGGCGCUGUGCGUCAGCGCGCGCGGGCUUCUGUCAGUCACCGGGACUGAGGAGGAUGACGGCACCGGUGACAGCGCCUCGACCCUGGCCUUUGUGUUCGACGUGACUGGCUCCAUGUACGACGACCUCAAACAGGUGAUCGAGGGCGCCUCGCGGAUUCUCGAGAAGACCCUCAGCCGGCGGACGAGACCCAUCAAAAACUUUGCCCUGGUUCCCUUCCAUGACCCAGAUAUCGGGCCUGUGUCCAUCACCACUGACCCGAAGAAGUUCCAGCAGGAUCUACAAGAGCUGUUUGUCCAGGGUGGAGGCGACUGUCCUGAGAUGAGCAUAGGAGCCAUAAAGAAAGCGCUGGAGGUUUCUCUGCCCGGAUCCUUUAUCUACGUCUUCACUGACGCCAGAGCCAAAGACUACCGCCUGAAGAGGGACGUUCUGCAGCUGGUCCAGCUGCGUCAGUCACAGGUGGUGUUUGUGUUGACCGGGGACUGUGGGGACCGCUCUCAGCCAGGUUACAGGGCCUACGAGGAGAUCGCUGCCACCUCCUCUGGACAAAUCUUCCACCUGGACAAGCAGCAGGUCAACGAGGUUCUGAAGUGGGUUGAGGAGACCGUUCAGGCCAUGAAGGUCCAUCUGCUGUCCUCCAACCAUGACAGUGCCCAGGAGAACAAGUGGGAAAUGCCCUUUGACCCCAGCCUCAAAGAGGUCACAGUGUCGCUCAGUGGACCAGCGCCACAAAUCGAACUCCGAGAUCCCUCUGAUCAUGUAAUCGGUGAGCAGCAGGGUCUUAAAGAGCUGUUGAACAUUCCUAACUCAGCUCGUGUCAUCAACUUAAAGUUUCCCAGACCUGGAUCUUGGAAGCUGAAGGUGAGUUGCAGUGGGCGCCACACUCUGAGAGUCACAGGAGUUAGCAACUUAGCUUUCCGGGCCGGCUUCACCAGUGUGCCUGUUUCUGAGUUUAACCAAACCAAGGAAAGGCCAAUAAAAGGUCUCCCGUCCUAUGUUUUACUGAAAUGUACAGGCCUGAAGCCUCCAGGUCAGCUGAACCACGUGGAGCUGAUGUCAGGCUCGGGUCGCUCCUUACGCACCAUCCCUGUACCUCUGCCCUCUGACCUCGGGCAACAGGGACUUUGGAGUCUUCCGGAAUUCCGCACCCCCUCCCAGAGCUUCUUCAUCAAGGUGUCAGGCAUCGACGAGGAAGGCUACCGCUUCCAGAGGCUGUCCAGUGUCUCCUACACCAACAUCAUUCCAGAUCCCCCGGCGGUGAGCAUGCCUGACGUGGUGGAGGGCUUCUACAUGCAGCCCUCCGUCAUCGCCUGCUCAGUGGAGAGCCACGUUCCCUACAGGCUGCGCUUCACCAGAAGUGGGGUGGUGCUGGGCGAGGAGAAGUUCUUCCAGACCUCGUCCAUAACAUCAUGGGAGAUCGCCAGCGCGUCAGCCGAGGAUGAGGGUGUGUAUGAGUGCAUAGCGCAGAGCAGCGUGGGACAGGGCCGUGCCAUGACGCAGUUAUCUGUGAGAGAACCUCCUCCCGUCCUGAGACCAGCGGUGAACGUCACGUCCCCCGUGGGCGGCGCCGCCGUGCUGUCGUGCCAGGUCGAGGGCUCCAUGCGCUACAACCUGACCUGGCACCGGGCGGGCCGCGUCCUCCGGGCUCCCGCGGGGCGGGUGAGGCUGCUCCCCGACUCGUCGCUGCAGAUCAGCGCCGUGCGGCCCCAGGAUGCCGGGGAGUACCGAUGCGUGGCCACGAACGCCCACGGGGACAGCGCGGUGACCGUGUGGCUCCUCGUCCCAGAGGCUCCUUCUGUGGUAAUUCACCCCAAGAGCCUGGCUUUCUCCCGAGGGGAUGAGAUCCGCCUCGUCUGCUCGGCAUCCGGCUCCCCCUCUCCCCGGCUUCUCUGGAGGCAUGGAAACAUAUUCCUCAGUAAUCAGCCGAGGUUGAGUUUCAACCAAGGAGUCCUGACCAUUAAAGAGGCCCUUCAAGAGGAUGCUGGGAACUACACGUGUCUGGCAACCAAUGAUGCCGGCACCGCCUCCCAGUCCGCGUCACUCACAUACGCGGAGGUGCCUACAGUCACGGUGGCACAGCAGGUGGUGCUUGUAUCCGUCGGUGGCGAUGCGACUCUCAAGUGUGGAGCCACAGGCGUCCCCCCUCCUCUCAUCCACUGGUUCAAAGGUGAGCUGGAGAUGGGCUCCGCUCCCUUCGUUGAGCACGACGUGCACCGUGGGACCCUGCACGUCCGAGGGGCACAGGAGGUCGACGCCGGCCAGUACCGCUGCGUGGCCAGCAACACCGCCGGGACCUCCGCCGGCACCGUCAGCCUGGAGGUCGGAGUGGCUCCAUUGUUCUCCGAGGCACCAGUGGAUGUGACGGCCAGCGUGGGGGAGAACGUCUCCCUCCCCUGCGUGGUGCGCGGUUUCCCGCAGCCUUCGGUGACCUGGCGCAGGCAGGACGGCAGGCGGAUUCCUCCGCAGACAGACAGACACAGCCGAGCAAUGCAGCUGGAGGACGGACAGCUUCUCAUCCGGAGUGUCUGGCUGGAUGAUGAAGGACUGUACAUCUGUGAGGCCAAGAACCACUUUGGAUCUAUCACAACUGAGGCCAGAGUUACUGUCACUGGACUAGAGCCGCCUCUUUUAGCCCACGGUGCCCCAGUUAUCACCACUGGCAUAGAGCAGUCUUUCAGCAUCCCUUGCAUGCUUUUAGAUGGAAUACCGCUCCCAGAGAGGCACUGGUCCAAGAAUGGAAAACCCAUUCUGCUGAGCAGCCGGGUGUUCGUAAGAAGCGAUGGCAGCUUGUACUUUGAAAAGGCUGUGGCAGAUGAUGCCGGGACAUAUGUCUGCACUGCUGUGAAUGUGGCCGGUUCCGCAAACAUCACAGUCAGUCUGGAGAUCCACGUGCCCCCCGAGAUCGGCGCCGGUCCGUACCACGUCAUCGCCAGCGAGGGCGUCGCCGUCACACUCUCGUGCAAGGCCAGCGGGGUUCCCAAGCCAAGCGUUGUCUGGUCCAAGGGAAGGCAGCCUCUGCCCAGGGAGCGCUCCUCUCUCCGCUCUGAACCCGAUGGAGACCUCCGCAUCUCCCACCCGACCGCUAGCGACGCAGGGGUUUACAUGUGCACCGCUACCAGCCCUGUGGGCUACGCCAGCCGAGAGGUCCAGCUCAGCGUCAACACCAUGCCCACAAUAAUAGGUGUGAGUGGCCAUGACAACCUGGUGGACAUGGCUGCAGAGGUGGGGACGGAGGUGGUCCUUCCAUGUGAGGCCCAGGGGAGUCCCUCUCCACUGGUCACAUGGAGCAGAAACGGGCGUCCCAUCCCCCCUGUCAUCGCUGGGUUCACUGUUUUGCCUUCAGGCUCUCUGAAGAUCACUGACGUACGCCUGAUUGAUAGUAAGCUGUACACCUGCACUGCAGAAAACCCAGCGGGCAACGUGUCCCUAAGCUACAAUUUACACAUUCAAGCGAAGCCCAGGAUCCAGCCUGCGCCCUCGCUCCUUAAAGCCUUGAGUGGCCAAACAGUGACUCUACCGUGUGUGGUUCAGGGUGAGCCAAGGCCAGAGGUCAGCUGGUUUCACAAUGGCCUUCCCGUUGCCCUCGACAACACUACGCCCCUCAGGAUCCAGCGGGUCAGCCUUGCCGACCAGGGCACCUAUCGGUGUGUGGCCAAGAACAGUGCUGGACAGGAGACCUUGGAGAUCAAGCUGGAAAUACUUGAGGCACCGUCUUUUGCAGAACCUGGAGACGCCAUAAUGGAGCGUGUGGUGAACACCCGGGUCAUCAUCCCUUGCCCUGCUGAAGGUUCGCCUCGUCCGAAGGUGCGCUGGUUCAAGAACGGCUUGGAGAUCCACGCGGAGCAAUCAGAGCUCUCUGUGGCGAGGGAUGGAGCUCUCGUAAUUAGCCCAGCGUCUGCCGGGCACAGCGGGGACUUCAAGUGUGUGGCAACCAAUGAGGCGGGCUCUGUGGAGAGAAAGACAAGGCUUAAAGUAAAUGUUCCCCCCGAGAUCCAAGAUAAUGGCCAAUCACCCAAUCUCACCGUCACCUUGAAGCAGCCUAUCACUCUGGGGUGUGACGCCUUCGGGAUCCCCUCCCCAACUAUCACUUGGACUAAAAACGGUCAUCCUGUGGAUACCCCUGGGGUGUACCUGCAGAAUGGGAACAGGCUCCUCAGGAUUUAUAGAGUCCAGCCUGAACACGCAGGACAGUUCACCUGCACAGCUCAAAACAUGGCUGGAGAGGCCCGGAGAAGUUAUAACAUCCUGGUCCAAGCCCCUCCUGUGAUCUCAGGAAUGUCCAGGCUCCAGGAGCUAACUGUGGUACUGGGCCAGGAAAUCGAGUUUCAGUGCAAAGUGAGCGGGCGACCGGCACCCACGGUGGAAUGGAGCCGUGAUGGAGAGGUCCUGUCCCGCGAUGGAGAUCCCCAUGUGGAGUUUCUGGAAGACAGCCAGGUGUUGAAAGUGAAGUCAGUCAGACUGAGGGACCAGGGCCUGUAUCAGUGUCUGGCGAGUAACAAUGCAGGGACGCAGAUGCGCCAGUUCAGACUCACGGUGCAAGCUCCUCCCACUAUAAAAGGCUCCACCGAUGCCUCAGAUGUGACAGUGGUGCUGGGUUUCCCUACUGUGCUCCCUUGCGAUGCUGAGGGCUCCCCAACACCCAGUAUCACUUGGCUGAAGGACAACCAGCCCAUCGUGUCCAGCACUCAGCUGACAUACACCCAUGGUGGACAGGCUCUGCGUAUUGGGUCGGCACAGGGUGACAGCAUCGGUCUCUACACCUGCAGGGCUACAAACCCAGCCGGCACUGCCAUCAAACAUUAUUCUCUGAAUGUUCUGGUUCCACCACAGAUAGAAAGAAACGCUACGUCUGUGACAUUUGGGGGAGAGGAAGAGAAAGUACGGAUCAAUGGAAGUUUUAGCCUCUCCUGCCCCUCCAAAGGCUUCCCUGAGCCCAAGGUUCAGUGGUUCAAAGAUGGACAGUUGCUGAGUGGAACGUUGCCUGCAGGCAUUCAAGAGAGCGGCCACUUCCUGCACAUCGAGAAUGCCAUGUUGCCCCAUGAGGGACAAUACACAUGUGUGGUCACCAACUCUGCAGGAGAGGACAAGAAAGACUUCCAUGUCACUAUCCAAGUUCCGCCCACCUUUCACCGGGUGAAUAACCGGGAGGAGGCAUGGGGCCUGCAACACGUGGACGAUGAGAACCACGAGGAGGUAGUUGAGAAACGGGAGGUGGUCUUGGGCCACCCAGUCAGUCUGUCGUGUGAAAGCAAUGCCAUCCCCCCACCCAAGCUCAGCUGGUACAAGAAUGGACAGAAGCUCACCUCCACUGACGGGGUGGUGCUACUUUCAGGUGGAAACGUGCUGCAGAUUGCACGCGUGGACAAAGAAGAUGGAGGAAAGUACACGUGUCAGGCAGCUAAUGAGGCAGGAGAGGACCACAUGCACUUUGAACUGGACAUUCUUGUGCCUCCUGUGAUCGUGGGAGCAUCGGAGGAGUUCAUGGAGGAGAUAGGAGCAGUUGUCAACAGCACCGUGGUUCUCCACUGUGAGGUGACAGGCCGCCCUGCUCCACUCAUCUCCUGGCUGAAGAAUGGGCAGCCAGUACACACGGGCUCCCAGUAUCUUAUCAGUGAGGAUGGUACACAGCUCCAGCUCCUCGCUGCCCAGGUGUCAGACAUGGCUGGGUAUCUGUGUGUAGCCGAGAACAAGGCCGGAACAGUUGAGAAAAUGUUCAGUCUGACAGUGCAAGUGCCUCCUAUAAUUACUGGGCAUAAAGAGGAGGAUGUUACUGCGAUUGAGGGCCACAUGGUGUCUUUACUGUGUGAUGUCCAGGCGUACCCUCCUCCAGAGAUCACCUGGACCAAAGAUGGACACGUCCUCCACCACAGUGCUGGCAUCAACAUUCUGCCUGGUGGCCAGAUGCUCCAGUUGUCCCGAGUAAAGCUGGAGGAUGCAGGGCAAUAUGUGUGCACGACAACUAACUCGGCAGGCCAGGACCAGAAGAGUGUCCUCCUCAGUGUUUAUGUCCCGCCCGCCCUGAAGCCUCGCCAAGACGCCGAGUUGGACGUGAUGACCCCGCAGGUCGGCACCUCAGUAACCCUGCGGUGCGAAGCCCACGGUGUCCCCGUCCCCGAAGUCACGUGGUACAAAAACGGGAUGCAGCUGGCCGCGGGGAAUGGGCUGCAAAUGGAUCACUACCAGCUGAAGAUCAUAGGAGUUCAGAUGGCGGAUGGUGGCACUUACACGUGUAAAGUGUCCAACGUGGCAGGACAGGUUGACAGGACAUUCAGGCUGAUGGUUCAUGUCCCACCUGUGCUCGUUGGACCGCUCCAGGAGACCUUAAACUACACCCUGGGCUCCCACGUGGCCCUGCUGUGUGAGGCCACGGGGGUCCCAGUGCCGAGCAUCACCUGGCUCAAAGACGGAACUCCUAUCGAGAGCAGUCUGCAGUGGCAGUGGUCCAUCCGUGGGAACCGCCUGGAGCUUGGGCCUCUCACUCUGUCUCACGCUGGAACAUACACAUGUGUGGUGAAGAACAGCGAGGGGCGAACACAGAAAGACUACAGACUUUCAGUGCAGGUGUCGCCGACCAUUCUGAACUCCAACCACCCAUCUGAUGUGAGUGCGCCCAUGGGAGAGGAGCUGAGCCUGGAGUGUAGAGCAACUGGGAUCCCCACGCCGCGCCUCAGCUGGCUGAGAGACGGGGUGGCCUUGGUGGGAUCAGACACCCGUCACAUCACCAUGACCCCUGAUGGCAGCACACUGACCUUGCGGAGGCUAAGUCCUGAGGAUUCGGGAACGUACACAUGUCUGGCAGUCAGCCCGGCUGGAAAGGAGAGCAAGAUCUACACACUCUUUGUUCUGGUUCCGCCGUCCAUCUCUGGAGAGACCGCUGUCCCUAGAGACUUACACGUUGCACAAGACACCACGGUGACCCUGGAGUGUCUGGCAACAGGAAACCCUCCCCCUCAGAUCAGCUGGCUGAAAAACGGACACCCCCUGCUGCUCUCCCCCCGCACACGCCUCCUCGCUGGUGAUUCUGUGCUGAGGAUUUCCCCCGUGCAGCUGUCCGAUGCUGGAGUUUACACAUGUGUGGCACGCAGCCGAGCUGGCCUUGCUGAGCUCAGCUAUGACGUCCAGGUCCAAGUCCCCCCAGGGGUGGAUCACGUUGAACCCGUGGAGCCCGUCACGGUGGUUCAAGGCUCCUUGGUGACGUUAACCUGCGAGGCGCGUGGUGUUCCUCCUCCCACACUGACAUGGAUGAAGGACGGUCAGCCGCUGUCCCUCCACCACAACCUGCUGCUGGACGGACGAGAGACGCGGCUGCAGCUGCCCGAUGUGGCACCUUCGGACGCAGGGCUGUACAGCUGCGUGGCCAGCAAUCAGGCCGGCAGCAGCACCAAGAGCUUCAACCUCACUGUGCUGGAGCCCCCAAAGAUAUCCAGCUCUAGCUCCCCAAAAGAGAUCACCAUAGCAGUGGAUGGGCCACUGGAGCUGGAGUGCUCAGCUACAGGCGUCCCAGCUCCCACGCUCAGCUGGCUCAAGGACGGUCGUCCCUUGGAAGGCACUGAUGUUGUUCAGCAGGAUGGACAUGUUGUCAGGAUCAGCAAAGUGAAGGUGGAGGAUGCUGGUCUGUACACCUGCCUGGCCAGCAGCUUAGCUGGAGAGGACGGACAAAACCACUGGGUUAGAGUCCAAGUACCCCCGACACUCCUUGGCUUUGGCAAUGUGAGGACGCUGACGGUGCCGGUCAAUGGGCACCUGACACUGGAGUGUCUGGCAGACAGUGACCCUCCUCCCCGUAUAGAGUGGUACAAAGAUGAGGCCCAAGUAGAGCUGGGCGAUCGCGUCCAGCGGCUCGCGGGGGGUCAGUACCUGGAGAUCCAGCAGGUCCAGCCUGAGGACAGUGGCCAGUACAGCUGCGUGGUCACUAACUUGGCUGGAAGCACCAGCCUGUUUUUCACAGUGGAGAUUCUCUUGCCACCGGUGAUAAAGGAGAGCAGCUCGGUAGUGACCGCUCACGUCGGCCUGGACGCGGUCUUGCCUUGUGAAGUCGAAGGCGACUCCUCACCCACGGUCAUGUGGAGGAAAGACGGCUUCCCUGUGUCUCCGGACGAGCACAAGUUCAUUAUGUCGUCAGAGGGAUCACUGCAUGUACGUACGGCCCAGCUGAGUGACGCUGGGCGCUACUACUGCACUGUGUCCAACCAGGCCGGGUCAGAUCACAGAGGAAUAGAUCUUCGUGUACUGGUGGGUCCUUCAAUCAGUCCUGGCCCAUUCAAUGUGACAGCGACCACAGGGAUUAGGACCGUGCUGAGCUGCGAGACCACAGGCAUCCCCCCACCUAAGGUGUCCUGGAAGAGGAACGGCUCUCCCCUCGAUGCCAGUCACCCGUCUGGAGCGUACAGGUUACUGUCGUCUGGCUCUCUGGUCCUUCUGUCGCCAUCCACUGAGGAUGAGGGUUACUUCGAGUGCACUGCCAUUAACGAUGUCGGGGAGGAGCGCCGGGUCAUCGAGGUCAUUCUGCAGGUCCCUCCAUCCAUCGAGGACGACGCCACAGCAGUGACGGCAGUGAAAAUGUCUCCCGUGGUGUUGCCUUGCCACGUCCAAGGAAGUCCUCGCCCCACUGUCACCUGGACCAAGGCAGGGGCCAAACUGGGCCCCAGGGGAGGAAGUUAUCGAGUCCUUCCCACUGGUGUUCUGGAGAUAACUGCUGCUUUGCCCAGUCACGCUGGUAGAUACACGUGUUCAGCCCACAACCCGGCCGGUGUCGCUCACAAACACAUCUCCCUUACAGUGCAAGAGCCUCCAGAGAUCAGGCCCAUGGCAGAGGAAGUACAGGUGGUGCUGCAUCAUGGAACGGUUCUUUCCUGUGAUGCGUAUGGUUUUCCCAGACCCACCAUCACCUGGCAGAGGGAGGGGGUUCCCAUAGCAGCAGGUCACCGACUGGCAGUGCUCUCAAAUGGAGCGCUGAAGUUUUCUCGCGUCACACUCGGUGAUGCAGGCGCCUACCAGUGUCUGGCAAAGAACGAUGCCGGAGUGGCCGUGGGCAGGACCAAGCUGGUCCUUCAAGUCCCGCCAGUGCUGAGCGUGCCUCGUGUGGAGGAAACUGUGGUGCUGGGCCGGCCGGUCAGUCUGGAGUGUGUAGCUGACGGGCAGCCUCAGCCUGAGGUCACCUGGCACAAAGACAGGAGGCCUGUGGUUGACAGCACGCACAUGCACAUCUUCGCCAACGGAACUCUGGCGAUUCCUUCCACACAGCGCAGUCACGCAGGCCUUUACACGUGCACAGCCAAAAACGUGGCCGGCCGGGCGAGCCACGAUAUAAGGCUACUCAUUCAAGUCCCGCCCCUGAUUCUCCCCGCACAGACCGAGCUGUCAGUGGUUCAGGGAUUCCAGGCACUGCUGCCCUGCGCUGCUCAGGGUUCCCCAGAACCCAGGGUAUCGUGGGAGAAGGAGGGUGCAGACGUGCCCGGCCUGCCUGGCAAGUUCACGGUGCUGCGGUCGGGAGAGCUCAUCGUGGAGAGAGCCGAGCCAGGAGACGCAGGUGUGUUCACGUGCGUGGCCACAAACACAGCUGGCUCUGCGAGACAAGACGUUCGCCUGUCCAUCAACAUGAGGCCUGCCUUCAAGGAGCUGCCAGCUGAUGUAACCCUGAACAAAGGACACAGUCUGACCCUGUCCUGUCAAGCCCAGGGAACACCUACUCCUGUCAUCUCCUGGACUGUGAACAACAGCCCAUAUUCAGGUGCCACAGUAGAUGAAGCAGGCAGAAGCUCCAUCAGCAUCUCCAACGUGACUAUGAGCGAUGCUGGGACCUACGUGUGCAUAGCAGAGAACAGUGUAGGCUCCAUCCGGGCGCUUUCAUUCGUUCACAUCAGAGAACCUCCAGUGCUGAAGGGUGAGGCCCAGAUGUCUCAGACAGUCACGCAGGGAGGCUCAGCUAUGCUGGACUGCCCAGUUCAUGGAGACCCCAGCCCCGUUCUCCGCUGGCUGAAGGAAGGACGGCCCCUGCUCCGCUCCCUUCGGGUGCAGCCCCUCCACAAUGGAUCAUUGCUCAUUUACAGCAUCACUACUGCAGAUGAAGGACAUUACCAGUGUGUGGCUGAGAGUGAAGCUGGAAAAGCUGAGAGGACCAUUACUCUCAAAGUUCAGAUCAAUGGCGGCUACUCCAACUGGGAGGAAUGGAGUCCAUGCAGUAGCACUUGUGGACAAGGCUUCCAAGAGCGAAUCAGGUUAUGCAACAACCCAGAACCAGCCAACGGAGGCCGAUCAUGCAGCGGCGCCAGUACCGAGGCCAGGAAAUGUCAGGCUGGUCUCUGUCCAGGAGAAACUCCCCGUAAAACCAGAGGCAGCCUGAUAGGCAUGAUCAACGACCGAGAGUUUGGCGUGUCCCUACUGGAGGCCAACAUCACUGACAAUGAGGAGGAGGGGAGCAGCACCUUGGAGGCGCACCUGGACAACAUCCCUCCCAGUCUUGGCCCUUUGCUGCGGGUGCUGGUGUCCGCAUUCGCGCCCAUCUACUGGACGACCGUGCUGCAGAGCGGAGAGGCCAGAAACGGCUACUCCUUCACCCAAGGGCGUUUCAGACAGGAGUCUCAGCUGGAGUUUGAAACGGGGGAGGUUCUUCGUUUGACCCACAUUGCCAGAGGCUUGGAUUCAGAGGGUAUAUUGCUAAUAGACAUAGUAAUUAAUGGAUUUGUACCUCCAUCCAUUAGUUCAGCUCAUCUGAACCUACAGGCGUUUGAAGAGUCAUACUUGCAGACUGGUCCGGGGCAGCUGUACUCGUGGUCCUCACAGACCCACCAGAGGGGAGGAAAUCCCACCAUUCUGCGUUGCAAUCAUACCAUUAUUUACGAGGGCCAGGAGCAGCGCCAGGGCCCUCUGCUCCAACUGCUCAAAGUCACAGGGAUGAACAGUGUCUACAACAUGUUCACGCUCACUUUGGACUUCCACAUUAGCAGCAGCCUUCUUAUACCAGAGGGUUAUGGAAACGCAUGCCCCAAGGGAUUCCUCCCAGAUCCAGCCUCUUACUGUGCUGAUGAAGACGAGUGCACACUCCAGUCUCCCUGCUCUCACUCUUGUAACAACAUAAUGGGAGGCUUUACCUGUACCUGUCCCUCUGGCUUCACCAUCUCCACUGAGAGCAACACAUGCCAAGAUAUUGACGAGUGCUCCCAGGGUUCACACCUGUGUCACUACAAUCAAAAGUGUGUAAACACACUGGGCACAUAUCGCUGCCAGGCCAAAUGUGGACCAGGUUUUAAGCCCAGCAUCACAGGAGCCAGCUGUGAAGAUGUGGAUGAGUGCCAGGAGUCUGCCCUUUCCCCAUGCCAGCAUCAGUGUCUCAACACACUGGGCUCCUACCGCUGUAUUUGCCAUCCAGGAUACCAGCUGUCAGGACAUCGUUGCAUUGAUAUCAAUGAGUGCACGAGGAACGUGUGCCCGGCUCACCAGCAGUGCCACAACACAGAGGGAGGAUACCAGUGUUUUGACAGCUGUCCAGCUGGCAUGACCAAGGCAGAAAACGGAGCCUGCACGGAUAUUGACGAGUGCCAAGAUGGAAGUCACAUGUGUCGUUACACUCAGAUUUGUCAGAACACGAUCGGAGGCUACGGCUGCGUAUGUCCCAGAGGUUACCGAAACCAGGGAGUGGGUCUUCCCUGUCUGGACAUCGAUGAAUGCCUGCAGACACCAAAUCCUUGUGCCUACCAAUGUCGCAAUGUUCCUGGCAGCUUCAGGUGUCUCUGCCCUCCUGGUACAGUGCUGCUAGGUGACGGGCGUUCCUGUGCAGGCCUGGAGAGAGGGCAAACCUUCACCAAUGGAACCCGAGUCAGGGCGAGGCUCCGCCCACAGCUAGUGUCCUCUCUUGGCCGACCAAUUCUCUCUCGUUCUAAUGGAGUCUCACGCAUCACCAGGCAGAGUUGUCCCGUGGGCUACACCAACAGAGACGGCACAUGUGUCGAUGUAGAUGAAUGCCAACUCCGGAAGCCGUGUCAACAUGAAUGUCGAAAUAUCAUAGGCAGCUUCCAGUGUCUUUGUCCCCGAGGUUACCAGCUUCUACCCAACGGCAGGAACUGCAAAGACAUUGACGAGUGUGCAGAACAAGGUGUCCACUGUGGACAACAUCAGAUGUGUUUUAAUACCAGAGGAGGAUACCAGUGCCUGGACACACCCUGCCCUCCAUCGUACCAGAGUGGAGCAAGCCCUGGGACCUGCUACAAACCGUGCUCUCUGGACUGUGCCACAGGAGGCUCCCCCUUGCUCCUGCAGUACAAGCUGCUCACCCUACCGUCUGGCGUUCCAGCCAAUCACAACGUAGUGCGACUGUCGGCCUUCUCAGAGUCAGGGAUCCUGCAAGCGCGCACUUCUUUCAGCAUCAUCGAGCAAGAAGCAGAGACGGGUGCGACGGGACGAGUGUUUGGCAUCAGAGAUGAAGCAGGCAGGGGCAUCAUCUUCACCAUGCAGGCGCUGAACAAACCAGGACUAGUACGACUCAAGGUGCAGGCCACCACGAUCUCACUGCAAGGCCGCAUCACUUACCAGAGCAUCUUCAUCAUUUACAUCUCCAUUUCAGCAUACCCCUACUAACGUGCCCCCCUCAGCAUCCUCUGGAUGUCUUUCACACAAGACUGUUGUGCCUUGGACACUCUGGCAAAUAAACAAAUGCGCAGGAAUGUGAGUACAUGUUGAGGACAGUUGUCCUGUACAUACCAGUAUGUGGCUGAAAUUGAAUUGUCACAGAAAAAGAAAGCCUUUAGUAGAAUCUACUGGAUAAAUGAACUGACAAAUGCUGAACAAAGUCAAUCUUUUGUUUACUUUUGUAUCAUAUUUCCAGAGUUUCAAUAUCUGAUGCAGAGUCAAAAACGUGUAAUAUAAACUAAGCACUGACGUUGAACUAUACCAGGAACUACCAGAUAUUUUAUGUCUUUUGUCUUGUCAGUUGGUUUGACAUGUUGAGUAUGUAACUCUGGGUCUGACGUGAUCUUUUGCUGCCUUUUCUUGGCUUUGAAUUUGUACAAUGUGUUCCCCAUUAUUUUAUUUAUUGAAAUCAUUUUAACAGAUCAACCUCAUGUCACAGAAGGUUUUCUAAUAAUCGGCUGGAAUUAUUGUAACAAACCCUCAGUGGCACAUUGGAAGUGGCCUGUAGCUGUUUGGCUAAUGUGCUUUUGUACUCAUAUUUCACAUUUUUAACAUUUUUUUAUCAUGGUCAAAAGAAUAAAUGGUGCUAUUCUAAA